UUAAAUAGAAUUCUUGGUCGCAUAAUUAUAGGAAAAUAUGUCUCUCUCUCCCUGUUGGCAUCGUCACAGCACAUCCGAGCUGAGUGUUAUAUGAAAGAAACGUUAAACAAGAACUUUUACUUUGUGAAGAACAGUACAUUUUAGCUUUGAGUGUAGCAGUCAGCGCUUGGCUAAACUUGUGUCGGUAAGAUGUGUUAUUGACAUGUUCUUGUUCUUCGUUUAUUAAUGCUACGGGUGUGAUGUGGUUGAUAUCGUGAUGGUGAUGAUCAUUAUAAGUAAAGUUGUGGCGAGGAUACAACAGCUGCAGGAAAAACAAAAAUACAUCAAGGAGUUGAGUUAAACAUGUCGCAGGAACAACCCAUCAGCAUUCCAAUGGCUAACUUAAGGCACUACCGCGACGACCGCUACUGCACGAAGCAAGUGGUCGUGAAGCUGUUCGUCUUGGGGCUCCUUCUGCUCGCCGUGUCGCUCGCCGGCUUCGUGGCCUCGCAGAGCAGUUGCCGCUACAACGACUGCACCUUCGAGACCCAUGCCGCCUUCUCCGUGGGCGUGGCUGCUCUGACGGCGGGGGUUAUCUUCAUCCUUCUCGCUCUUGCUGGACAUUGCAAUCGUUGUUGCAGUAAGACAAAUUAAAUUUUGUUUUAAUCUCUGCAUCAGAUUUAUUAAUCAAUUUAUUUUCAUUAUAAAUGUUAUGAUAAAAAAUCUGAGUUGCUGAUCAGCGCCUAACGUUAUAUUGUUUGUUUCCUUCUUUCAAUAAAUGUUAGAAAAGUAAA